AUGGGAGGGUAAACCUUGAUUGUACGUGGCCGGCUGGAUAGCUCUCAGCAGACGGAGGUUUCUUUUUCCUCUUGCGGGUCUGUUUCGAAGUGGGAGGCACACGCAAUGGACUCACUGUUUAGAAAGUUUCGGUCUUCACCCAGCAGCUCUACGGGAACGGGUAGUGGUGACACAAAUGGCACGUCUGUACUGCCUGGCAAUAAUAAGCCAGUCACUUUAUAUUUAAUACGGUUAUCCCCGCCCUGUAGGGCUGUCUGGCUGUAUCUUGCGCAGAACAAGAUCCCAUAUGCCCUGGUGGAUAUUGAUCCGGCUGCUCCGGUAGAUUCCAACGGGCGGAGGCCUGAACUACCAAGUAGUCUUCCACACCAGGACGUCCCAAUAUUGGUUGACGGAGAAGUAACCGUCUUCGAAGGGCCGGCUAUUAUACGUUAUCUCUCGACUCGCUACACAAACUACAAGGGCUACGGUGUGACUGUAUCAGAACGAAUGAUGGUGGAGUCUCUGAUCGCUUGGGCACAUAACGAUUUACACAGAAUAGUAGGUUACCGGUGCGCCUACCCUCAGGUCUUCGAAGAAUUUCAACUCCAACCCGAACCUGCCAACGAAGCACUCAUCGAGACUGGCAUUAAACAACUCUUAAAACACCUCGAGCGCCUUGAGAAACGCUACCUGGCAUCCGCUAAAUUCCUCUGCGGAGAUUCGCUGACGUUCGCUGACUCUGUUGUAGCUACGGUCAUCCUGCAGUCCGAGUGGCUGGGGUUCUCACUGCGUCUUUGGCCGCGGGUUGUUGACUGGUUGGAGAGGGUGAGCCGGCAGGAGUGCUGGGACGAAGUGCACAAGAACCACGUGGCGUUUAUAUCCGAACUUCGAGCUGGAAUACUGUAUCCCACUCUCGACAACAUUGCCAAAUGAAGUACUAUUAAACACGUUUCGGUCAUUUCUCACAUCAGGACCCAUGAGUUUUGUAAAUUUUCCUUUAUACAUGUCCCUUAAAGACACUGGACACUAUUUCAAAUUUCAAACUGUCAUAGGCAAGUCUUCCCGGUUGCUGCA